AUGGACACGGAGGCCCGCGGAACCGAUGCUGUCCGCCCCGGGCCGGAGAGUGAAGACGGCGACAAGCCCAACGUCGUCACGGCGGAGAAUCAGCCGCACGAGAUCUACGUCGAAGCCCUCGCGCGGUAUCCCAACGACGAGGCCAUCGACGCGGCCGCAGAGAAGCGAGUCUUGCGAAAACUAGACCGACGCAUCAUUCCAUUGCUCGGGAUAUGCUACUUCUUCUACUAUGUCGACAAGACCACCCUCUCCUACGCCGCCAUCUUCGGCCUCAAGGAGGACCUCGACCUGCAGGGCGACGAGUACUCCUGGCUCUCGAGCAGCUUCUACUUCGGCUGGCUCAUCUGGGCCAUCCCGUCCAACCUUUUGAUGCAGCGCAGCCCGCCCGGCUACUAUCUCGCCUUCAACAUCUUCAUGUGGGGUGCCCUCCUCAUGGCCCAGGCCGCCGCCAAGAGCUUUGGCGGUCUUCUUGCGCUGAGGGUUUUGUCCGGUGCAUUUGAGGCCAUCGCCGACCCGGCUUUUAUGCUCAUCACGUCCAUGUACUUUACCCGUGCCGAGCAGCCGUCCCGUAUCGCCGCGUGGUACGCCUUCAACGGCAUCGGCGUUGCUGGCGGUGGUCUAAUCGGCUACGGCAUCGGACACAUCAAGGGUGCCCUCGAGUCCUGGCGGUACGAGUUCGUCGUCGUCGGCGCCUUCUGCUCAUUCUGGGCCAUCGUGCUCGUCUUCCUGCUGCCCAACUCGCCGCGCACCAUCUGGGGCUUCACCUACGACGAGAAGCUCAUCAUGAUUGCCCGCAUGCGCCGCAACCAGACGGGUAUCGAGCAGCGCAACAUCAACUGGGGCCAGGUGAAGGAAGCCUACCUCGACUACAAGACGUGGCUGUUCACGCUGCUGGGCUUCGUUUCCAACGUGCCCAACGGCGGCAUCUCCAACUUUUCCACCCUCGUCAUUAAGGGCCUUGGCUUCGACACGCUGCACACGGCCCUGCUCGGCAUCCCUCAGGGCGCUCUCGUUGUCAUCUGGAUUGGCCUCGGCGCUCUGGCUAACAAGUACAUGCCGCCCAACAGCAGGACUCUGGUUAGCGCCAUCUUUAUGAUUCCCACAAUUGCCGGAGCGCUGGGUUUCCUUCUUGCCCCUGCUGACGCCUACGUCGGACGAUUGAUUUGCUUCUACCUCACCGGCUCAUACCAAGCUUCGUUCGUCAUCUGCCUCUCUCUCAUCACAUCCAACACCGGUGGCCAGUCUAAGAAAAUGAUCGUCUCCGGCAUGAUUUGGUUCGGUGCCUGCGUUGGAAACAUCGCCAGUCCAUUCUUUUACCGCUCCGAGCAAGCACCCUCGUAUCACCUCGGUAUCAGCUCCCUACUCGUGUCCAACUGCAUCGAGGUCGCCCUGUUCUUCGUCUUCCGCUACAGCUUCAUGUGGGAGAACAGGCGCAAGGAGAAACAGCGUGAGGCCCUGCGCGCCGCUGGCAACAGCAUGACGGAUGUGCUCAAUGCCACGGCUUUUAGGGACAUGACGGACAAGGAGAACCCCAAUUUUGAAUAUGUGUAUUAG